CCUGGUGCUGGCUGCUCCGGGUUCGGCCAGGGGAUGGGGCCGCGGGAUCUCCCGCCGCUGUUGCUCGUGCUCCUGGACUGCUGGGCCUCUGGGAGCGCCCAGGCCGGGGCCACCUCCGCGGUGACGACGGAGGGCCUCAACUCUACGGAGGCAGCCCUGAUGACUCUCCGACCUGCCUUGUCGCCUAGGCCUCCCGAGACCCCCAGGGCCCCUCGGCCCUCCUCUGGCCCCAGGCCCACCCCGGUUACGGACGUUGCUGCUCUGUGUGUCUGUGACUUGUCGCCAGCACAGUGUGACAUCAACUGCUGCUGUGACCCUGACUGCAGCUCCGUGGAGUUCAGUGUCUUUUCUACCUGCUCAGUUCCAGUUGUCACGGGUGAUAGGCAGUUUUGUAGUCAAAAAGCAGCCAUCUAUUCAUUGAAUUCUACAGCAAACCCACCUCAAAGGGUAUUCAGACUUGUUGACCAGAUCAAUCCAUCUAUUUUCUGCAUUCAUAUUACAAACUAUAAACCUGCAUUAUCCUUUAUUAAUCCAGAAGUGCCUGAUGAAAAGAAUUUUGAUACAUUGAUGAGAACAUCUGAUGGUUUUUCGUUGACUACAGAAUCAGAUAUUUCUUUCACCACCAAACUGGAUGCUCCAAAUGCUGAUAAAUAUGAGUAUGGGGUUCACCUGCAGACUUCAGAUUCAUUUUUGAGAUUUCCGUCUCCCCUUACGUCAUCUCUGUGCGCCGAUGAUAACCCUGCAGCAUUUCUGGUUAACCAAGCUGUUAAGUGCACCAGAAGGAUGAAUUUGGAACAGUGUGAAGAAACUGAAACCCUGAGCAUGGCUUAUUACAGCAGCCCUAAAAUUUUGAGGGUGCCUAAUUCAAAAACAAAGGUUCCCAUCACUGUUCAGUCCAUCAUCAUUCAGUCUCUAAAUAAAACGCUAACCCGCCUGGAAGACACUGCUGUGUUGAAGCAGGCCCUCGUCGAGGCUGGGGAUGUGAGAAUCUGCACUAACAUCGUGCUUGAGGUCAAGUACAGCCUAACAUAUACAGAUGCAGGAGACAUAACAAAAGCUGAUCUCGCUCUCCUCUUGGGGACAGUUAGCAGUGCAGUGGUUCCAUUCCAGCAAAAGUUUGAAAUUCGUUUUAUUCAGCAAAAUACAAAGCCAGCUCCUCUCAGUGGAAACCCUGGUUAUGUUGCGGGGCUCCCGUUAGCUGCUGGAUUCCGGCCUCAGAAGGGGUCUGGGAUUAUUCAGACCAUGAAUAGAUAUGGACAACUUACUAUUCUUCGUAGCACAACUGAGCAAGACUGCUUAGCAAUAGAGGGAAUCCGGGCCCCAGUAUUAUUUGGUUACAAUAUGCAGUCUGGCUGUAAACUAAGACUGCCCAGGGCUAUCACGUGUCAGCUGGUAGCGCAGAAGGUGAAGAGCCUGCUGAUGGGCCAGGGCUUCCCGGAUUAUGUGGCCCCUUUUGGAAAUUCCCGGGCCCAGGAUGUGCUGGACUGGGUGCCCGUCCACUUGGUCACCCAAGCGUCCCACGUGAAGGAUUCUUGCCAGCUCCCAGUGGCUUUGGUUAUAGAAGUGAAGUGGACUAAAUACGGCUCCUUACUGAACCCGCAGGCUAAAAUAGUGAACGUGACUGCAACUCUGAUUUCGUCCGCAUUUCCUGAGACCAACUCAGGAAACGAAAGGACGAUGCUUAUUUCCACUGCGGUUACUUUUGUGGAUGUGUCUGCACCUGCAGAGGCAGGCUUCAGAGCUCGGCCAACCAUCAACGCCAAGCUGCCCUUUGAUUUCUUCUUCCCGUUUGUCUGACGUAAGUCGUUAAUUAAGGAAACUACCCCACACCUCCAGAACAGAGUGCCUGGGGGCCUGGGGUCCCGGGGUCCCUCAGAGACAUCCCUUUUUAUUAUACUUCCAACCCUUGAGGUUGCCCCCAAACCAACACGCCUCCCCUCUCCACUCACUUCCCUCCUUUUUUCCUUUGGAAAUCUUAUUCUACUUGGCUUGCACUAUCUGGUCUUGGUCAUUUCCAAUACUCUCAGCACAUAGAUCAUAUUUGGAAACCAAACUGUGCCUUUGGAAAGACGGUAAAGAGAACAGACCUUGAAGUAGCUCAGGCGUUGAGAGUUUAUCCAGUUUAUUCACCCCCUCCUUUAAUGUGAGUAAUUUUUAAAAUAUUGUUUUUAGUUCAGGUUUUCUUUUCAGGUCCCCUUGAAAUGAGUACAAAAGUAGCAAAACAUUGUAUAAAAUUGUACGAGUACAGGGCCUCACGAGGGGCUCUUCCCCCAAAUGUCAUGUUAAUUACAGUGGAGUCUUGGGUCUAAUUGCCAUUUCUGUACCAGCCACUAUAGCUAGCGAGCUCUCCACCUGGAGGGCUGGUGUGGGAUGCCACAGAGCCAUUCCAAGCGGUUGAAGCUUGACAGAAUAUGGUAGGAGGGCCCGAGGAAAGGAGAGAGUUUAGUUUAUACAUUAAUUGUACAGUCAUUGAGAAAAAUGUUGUCAGGUGGCAGAGGUGGAACCAGCUAGAAGCUUGAUGAUGCAGAGGAGGGGGCUGGGUGCCCAAGAACAACCUCCCUGGGGGAAAUUGUGAUAAGAGAAGCUGUUUAGAACAUCUUGGAAAUAUAGAAGACUUUUUUAGAAUGGGCUGGUAGCUAAGGUAGCUUCCUCUUUUUUUUUUGUCUUUCAGAGUGCUCAUAUGAAAGGAUGCACUGGUUCCUCAAUAUACAUGUGAAAUGUGAAAACUGUACAUUUGAUGAGAUUAAAUUUUAUAUACAA